UAAUAACACACUUUUGCAACAUUUGAAUUCGUAUCAGCAAUUCAAAAUUCGCUGUCAGCCUACACUACAAUUAUUUUUUUAUUAUAAUGAAAACAAAAGACGUGACGUCAUCACAUAACGGUGUCCAAUGCCCCUCACGUGAAUGAUUUUGAAACUACAUUUUCAACAUCCCAAAAUAUUUCAGCAAGAAUCUGCAAAGAAUCUUCGUUAGACAACGCUUGUUCAUAUUUAUUUGGGAUAGACAUAGCUAUAUAAUCCUGCAUUCGGCAUACAUUAGAGCAGGUGCACCACCAGAUAACUGAGCAUCUGAUAUUCGCCGUUGGUCCUGCUGGGCGUUUGGAGGCGGCGCGCUGGUCAGACAGAAAUGCCGUAACAGCAGCAUCGAUAUCCUCACCCGAAGUGCAAGUUGUUCACCUGGACCCGCGUAACGAGAUCGAUUUGAAGCCACAUUUGACCACAGACUGGGCUGGUGCGACACGGCUGGUGCUGUCUAUUUGAUGGUGACAUCGUUUGUUGCUUUUUUGUGGGGAGCAGCAUCUGGAAUAUUGUAGGAUGCAAAGGGGUUUCCCAGGGGGCCUGUGAAGAUGAGCGUGACAUCAUGGUUCCUGGUCAGCAGCUCUGGCACCCGCCACCGUCUUCCACGAGAGAUGAUCUUCGUGGGCCGGGAGGACUGUGAGCUGAUGCUGCAAUCUCGAAGUGUGGACAAGCAGCAUGCCGUCAUCAACUACAACCCUGCUACCGAUGAGCACCUGGUCAAAGACCUGGGCAGCCUCAAUGGAACCUUUGUGAAUGACCUGAGGAUCCCAGACCAGAUUUACAUUACCCUCAAGCUGUCUGAUGUCAUUCGCUUCGGAUACAAUAUCCUUUUUUUUCCCUCACUCACGUCAUCAGUGCAUAAUUCUUGUGCCAUACAUGCGUAAUCAACAUUGGCUUUGGAAUUUGGUUGAAAUUGCUUGUCUUUGAUGUGAUUGGCUAUUGCCUUUAACCUAGUAUUUACAUUCCCAUGUGUACGUCCUGGAGAAGAGCCAACACAAAGUCCCAGAGGAGGCACUCAAGCAUGAGAAGUACACCAGCCAGCUGCAGAUGGGUCUGAGAGCCUCAGAGGGGAAGAGGGCUGAGCACCUGGAUGACAGGUCCAAGCUAGAGAAGACGGACAGGAAAUCUCUGUGUCAAGAGACUCCAACCUCCCGGCCCACUCCAUUGUAUGGCCAGCCCUCAUGGUGGGGGGAGGAGGAUGCGGCCAGCAAAAGACAACACAGUGAGGGACAUCGGUCAGAGGAGGGUCACCCAGAGAUUCCUAAAGAAGGUUCAGCGUUAGAUUCAGAGGUGAAUGGCUCCCUGUUAGAGUACAGGGACGCCCAGGGCAAGUCCAGCUUCUCCUACCAUCGGGAGCCCAGCUACUUUGAGAUCCCUACCAAGGAGUUUCCGCUGCAUCCCAAGUCCCCGGGGGCAGAGCUCCACGAGAUUCCCACCAAGGACACGGACACGCCCCAUGCCCCUUCCACCCCCACCUCGUCCACUCCCCCCGUGGUGCAGAGCCACGCCUCCUUCACCAUAGAGUUUGACGACUGCACCCCAGGCAAGAUCAAGAUCAAGGACCAUGUCACCAAGUUCUCCUCGCGCCAGAGGAAACAGCAGCAGGUGUCGGGCAAAACUCUGGCCACCACGCCCACUGAGGAGAUGUCAGCCGAGUGCAAGGUAGCAGAUUGGUUGGUGCACAGUGAUGUCAGAAUGAUGAGAAGGCGUCCAACAUGUGAGGAUGUUUACAGUGUCAAGAGUGACCAGGCCGUAAACAUCAAGAGCCUCAAAGGACACCAGCAUGACGAUGGGACCCAGAGUGAUUCUGAGGACCCGGUUUUAGGGAAAGGGAAGCAAAGCAAGUCACACCACCGAAUCCAGUCGCAACAUUCGAUCCAGUCUGAGCUUUCCCAGUCAGAGCUGUCAGAACCGUCACAACAGACUGUGCGGUCAUACCAAUUAGUUACGUCACAGCAGACAGUCCAGUCGCACCAUUCAAUUCAGUCUGACCAGUCUGUGCCGUCACAACAGACAGUGCUGUCUGUCCAACCACACCAGACAGUCCAGUCAGUUCCAUCACAAAUGUUACUCCAGCCUCAGUUUUCUCCUCCCAAACAGACCCCAGUCUCUCCUGUGGUCCCUGAGAGGCCCUUGUCUGAAAGCCCGCCUGAGGUUCGCUCCCCCACCAUGGGCCCCUCUAAGCCCGACCCCCAGGAGCAACUCAGCCAGCAAGCAUUCAUCAUCGAGUUCUUCGAUAACCCGCGCAAAAAACGCUCCCAGUCCUUCACGGCCAACCCCGCCCACGCAGACUCUUACUCCACCCUCAAGGCCAAGCUGGAGCGGCGGAAGGGCGGGGAGAGGCCAAACUCCAUGCAUGGACACAUCCCCCCCACCCAGCAGGUGACUGUUCCUCUGAAGGGCCAGGGCCAUGGCGGGCCUCUGAGGUCGAGCUCCCUGAAGAGGGAGAAGACAGAGGAGCCCCUGAGUGGAGGUAGUGCCUCCUCUUCCUCCGGUUCUGGGCCUUCCUCUCGUGCUUCUUCUGGCAUCACCAUCAAGCUGUUUGGCAGUGUGGGGAAGAAGUCCAAGCUGGCCCAGGAGUUUGCAGCAGAGUUCCUGAUGAAGGAUGCAGCCCACAGAGCAUUGUCCCCCACCAGAGAUAAGACGUCUCCUCCCAUGUCCGCUCCCCCGGUGAUGAUGAUGUCACCCUCUCGCACCCGCAUUCCGUCUCCCUUAGACCCCCCUUCCUCUAUUUCCUAUCCCUCCACCCCCUUGCAAACUACAGCACCACGUUCCUACUCUCCAACUCCUGCCCCUCAUUCCCCAGCCCUAGCCCUCUCUCAGCCCCCGUCCCGCAGCCCUGUCCAGACUGCCUCUCCAGUUCGCUCAGCCGUCCCCUCCACGACCCCUCUAAUGCCGCUGGGUCUGGGGGUGUGUGGGGUGGACCCAAAAGCCUCCAGGGUGGUGAGGAACGAAGAAGAGGACAGUCUGAGUGAUGCCGGCACGUACACCAUUGAAACAGAGUCCCAGGACAAAGAGGUAGAGGAGGCUCGCAACAUGAUCGACCAGGUGUUUGGUGUCCUCGACUCACCGGAGUACAGUGGUGCCGGAGUGUAUAGACCCAUCAUUAAUGAUGGCAAGGACGAGCCGGCAAUGCUUCGGCCUAGUGACGCUAGCACUGUGGAUCAAAUGAAAGCAGUGUCUAUGCAUGGCUUUAACCCAGCCGCUCUCAGUGGGGCCCCCUCAGGCCCCUUCCAGGUGCAGUCUUCUAACACUGCAGCGCAGGAGGAGGGGCCUAAGUGGGUUUCUCGCUGGGCCAGUCUGGCAGACAGCUGUGCAGAACCAGACUGUACUCCACCUCAAGGGGAAUUUGCAGACGGAGAUUUACGAUUGAUGAGUCGGUUGAUGCCUAGCCACAGCGUGGAUAACUCUGAGUCAGAGGGGAGCCAGAGUUGUAGGAUCAGGAGGCUGCUUCCCCAGGUUCCCCCUGGAGACGGAGACAAGCCAGAAAGCCCCACCCCAAGCAUCCUGAUCCGCCACGAACCCCCCUACCCAGGCCCAGAAACCCCCCUGGAGAGGAGUAGUGGUACGCCUCGGCAUCAGGACUCCACCCAGAGGCUGUGCAUCCAGGAUGAUGUAGACCCAGACAGCUUGAGUGAUGCCAGCCGCUCUGACGAUGGCUCUGUACUGGAGAGGACCAGGAAGAGCCAGGGGAGGACGAGUGGCGCUACCUCGCCCGGGGACGCUGGACCUCACUAUAGGGGUCAAGAUAAACUAUCUCCGACUCAGCCUACCAAGUCCACCUCUUUUUACAUUGGUUCUGAGGAAUGCAUCUUAGGCAAGCCGGACCUGGCCCGAAGCCCUUUUCUGUCUCAGGGGCCUGAUAGGGGGCGAGAUGCCCCUGCCAAAACCUUCCCCACCACUGUCCUCAUCAGGCACCUGAGCAGCCACGAGCCCCGGAGGUUGGGCAUCAAGCCGAACAACUCAGCCCCCAACCUCCACUCCCAGCAGGACAAGGAGUCUAAAGACCCCAGUAAAGACUCUCUAGGGACUUCCUCGUUCGUCAGGCAGGAGAGCUUCACCAAGGAGCAACCCAGUGACGACAUCCAGAUUAAGAGGCUCCCCCACAUCUCCAGUCACCCCACCCUGAGGGACAUGGAGCAGAGGAGAGAGACUGCAAAGGACCCACAGCCCUUCCUCCGGGAAGCAGCAGACGCCUCUCUCUCCUCCCUGGAGGUCAAGUUACCCUCCUCAGGCUCCGGACACAGUUCUAAGAGAGGAGGUUCCUCCAGUCACAUGGACGACUCUCUGUCUGGGGAAUCCGAUGUGGAUACAGCCAGCACCGUCAGCCUGGUCAGCAACAAGAACACCCACGUCACCACAGGCCCCAAGAAGAGGACGGCUGCCAGGUCCUCCUCCAGUCCGUCUGUCCAGGAGAAGGGCCACCGCCAGCCCACGGCCCGCGAGCGCCUGUCAGAGAAACGCCGCAGCCACGCAGCUGCCGGUGAUAAUUCCAGCAGCAAGGCCGAGCAGGCCAAGCGCUUCCAGAUGCGGCGCAGCACGGGGAACUGCGGUUCCCUGGAGCUAUCAGAGGACCAGCAGAGUUCUGGCCAGCACUGGCCUGACACUGCCUCUGACCAUGAGACCGGCUCCCGGCCCGCCAGCCGCAACAAGAAGCUCAUAGCUCCCCUACAGAAAGAGGACAAUGGGAAGACCCCCAAGAGUGCAGCACAGCAGGCACUGAUCCGCUCCAACAGCCUGUCGGCACCACGGCCCACCAGAGCAUCCAUGCUGCGCAGGGCGCGCCUGGGAGAGACCUCUGACAAUGAUGGUACUGAGACUGACCGGGGAUCCCAGAACUCAGACCACAUCGUUGCUCCCUCCAAGGUGUCUGCUGACGGGAAGAAGCUCCUCUCCAGACUGGACAUCUUGGCCAUGCCCAGGAAGCGAGCAGGCUCCUUCACUACGCCUAGUGACAACGAGUCCUCCAUCACCACCCCUUCAACCCGGCCUGGCUUCUCCAACCGGAGUGCAGAAUCAACUGGGCCGGUCAGGAAGACAUCAGUGGGUGAAGCAGGGGCAAAGCAGGGGGCCACAAGAGGGUCUGGAGCCCCUGGGAAGCAGCCCCUCACCCGCACACGCUCCAGCGGGACUAAAUACUCCAGCACAACCAGUUCCCGUCAAAGGCAGAAGGGUUCAGACUACACCUCCACAUCUGAAGAGGAAUAUGAGGCCAGCUCUGGAACCCCCAAACACAAACGCUCCUCCCACAUGUCUGCUGCCACACAGACCCCCCGGGCCCAGAAGGAGAAAGCGGCUGCAGAAGUUGCCCGGUCCAAGUCCGGCUCACUGGAGUUGGAGGUGGAUGAGGUCCAGAAUGAGGAUGACCACUACCAGAACUGGACCACACACAGCGCCGAGAUAGCAAAGCUCAGUCAGGACUUGGCCAAGGACCUUGCCAUCCUGGCCCGUGAGAUCCAUGACGUGGCGGGGGACGGGGACUCUCAGAGUUCCUCUGGAAUGGGCACCAACCCCUCCCCCAGCUCUGCACCCAACACGCCCGGGCCCGCAUCCACCAUCCCCAUUUCUAGCCGGGAAGAGAGGCCAUGUACAUCUUUGCGAGGGGUCCUCCCAUCUCAGCUGGUCCAACAUAUUCCUGAGGCCAGCUUAAACUACCAGAAGGUUCUGCUAUCGCCGGGUUCUACCGCUGUCAUGGACCUGGAUCCUAACAUGAAUGACCAAGACCCAAGCUCUAAGCCACGGUGGAACCGUGAAGAGGUGAUUUUAGACAAUCUGAUGUUGAACCCUGUUUCUCAGCUCUCUCAGGCCAUUCGGGAGAACACAGAACAGCUGGCUGAGAAAAUGAAGGUUUUAUUCCACAACAAGACUGAGGCCUGGGAGGAGAUCGAAGCGAAGAUCAAUGCUGAAAACGAAGUCCCCAUCCUCAAAACAUCAAAUAAGGAAAUCUCUUCCAUCCUGAACGAGCUGAGAAGAGUACAGAAACAACUAGAAAUGAUCAACAGCAUUGUGGAACCCGGUGGAGCUGGCAGUGGGAACCCUAAGGUGGCAGCAAUGGCUACUGCUGCUUCAGGAGGACAGGCCACCAGGUCCCCCUCGCGGCAGAAGAAAUCCCCCAGUAAGCCCCCUGGGCCUGGGGACAGACAGCGUGGUGCUGGCCCUUCAACCAGCCCCACCACCUCCAAACCCAACGCCAACGAAAGCACCAAGAGGACCACUCGAGGCCCCAAAGGGGCAAACUUUAUGGCCUGAUCAGAGUUCCCAGGUUUCUGUAGCAUCUGCUGGUGGCGACUGCCUCCCUUCACCACACUGUCAUUUGUAAUGUAAAACUAUCAUGAUAUACAGUAUACUGUAUCUGUUUUGACUGGUAAAGGUGUACUGUAAUUGAGUACCGCUGUAACUGAGUACCACUGUUUAGAAUGGCUUCUUCCACAUUUGUACAAGCUCAACUAAAAGUAGGCAAAGCUGAGUAAAAUAAGUUGUAACUUGUUGCUUUAAUAGGUGGAUUGUAUACAAAAUAAUGUCCAUAUGCCUUGUCUACUUGUCCUGUACAAUGUGUAGUAGCUCAGUACUGUAGGCUUGGCCAGAUGCCCAAGACAAGACAGGCUACAUUCUUGCACCAACUUUGUUACCAUAGUAAUAAUCCUGAUGAAAACAGUCCUAGGUGUCCAUGAGAACAUGUGAUGCACUACUUCAAUGACAUGGCAAAACAGAGCAGCAUUAGAGAGGUUGGUUGCAGUGUUCUGUGCUUUUCUUGUAAAAUAUGAUUAAUUGAAUGUUCCUGAAUGACUUGGAUAUUUUACAGCUUGGAAAAAAAGCUACUGAAUGAACUGACGGACCACCAGUCUCCCUUUUCUCAACUUGAUUGUCUGAUAUUGUGAAUAUGCUCAAGAUUUGUUCUAUAUGAAUGCUGUGCGUACAGAAUGUUAGGAUGGUGUGUCAUACAAUGUUCCAGAUCCCAAAUAAAUGCAGUAUAUACUAUACAGCAUCAGAAAGAGGGGAAAGAGCAUACUUAGAAGGCCAGCAUCCCAGAGUCGCCUCUUCACUGUUGACGUUGAGACGGGUGUUUUGCGAAUACUAUUUAAUGAAGCUGCCAGUUUAGGAAUUGUGAGGCGUCUGUUUCUUAAACUAGACACACUAAUGUACUUGUCCUCUUGCUCAGUUGUGCACCAGGGCCUCCCACUUCUCUUUCUAUUCUGGUUAGGGACAGUUUGUGCUGUUCUGUGAAGGGAGUAGUACACAGCGUUGUACCAGAUCUUCAGUUUCUAGGAAAUUUCUCGCAUGGAAUAACCUUCAUUUCUCAGAACAAGAAUCGACUGAUGAGUUUUUGGCCAUUUUGAGCCUGUAAUCGAAACCACAAAUGCUGAUGCUCCAGAUACUCAACUAGUCUAAAGAAGGCCAGUUUUAUUGCUUCUUUAAUCAGAACAACAGUUUUCAGCUGUGCUAACAUAAUUGCAAAAAGGGUUUUCUAAUGAUCAAUUAGCCUUUUAAAAUUAUAAACUUGGAUUAGCUAACACAAUGCGCCAUUGGAACACAGGAGUGAUGGUUGCUGAUAAUGGGCCUCUGUACACCUAUGUAGAUAUUCCAUUUAAAUAUCUGCCUUUUCCAACUACAAUAGUCAUUUGCAACAAUAACAAUGUCUACACUGUCUUUCUGAUCAAUUUGAUGUUAUUUUAAUGGACAAAAAAUGCGAUUUUCUUUUAAAAACAAGGUCAUUUCUAAGUGAUCCCAAACGUUUGAAUGGUAUGGAACAAAAGAGCAAAGCCUAGGUCAAAUCUUAGAUUGUUCCUAUGCUUCAAAUUAGUAAAUUGGCCCAAGAUGACUGUAGGCCGUCUCAUAAAUUGACUGUAUUGUAGUGUGCUAGUAGCUCUGUAAAGGUAGAAUGGAGCAGUUCCUUAUUAUACCCACUGUGUGUGUGUGUGUGUGUGUGUGUGUGUGUGUGUGUGUGUGUGUGUGUGUGUGUGUGUGUGUGUGUGUGUGUGUGUGUGUGUGUGUGUGUGUGUGUGUGUGUGUGUGUGUGUGUGUGUGUGUGUGUGUGUGUGUGUGCACUAAGAGCGCCUGUGAGUUAUGUAGCUGUUGUGGGCUAAACCAAUGUCACAGUUUACUCCCUCCAUCUGCAAAGGCAGCAGGGAUAUGUGGGAUUGUGUGUGAGGAAUCCUGUAUAGAUGUAAGUUAAAGAAUAAGAACAGACAAAAAAAAACUAUUUUAAAACUAUUUUGUGAAAGUGCAUGUGUAACAUAAUUAUAUAGUUUAGUUGGGUGAGAGUUCAGGCUAGUUUGCCAAAUGUGCACUUUUUCAUUUUGAGAUACACCUCAUAAGCCAUGCGUGGAACUGAAAAUAAAGCAGUAUGUUUAAUUAAGCAGUAAAAACAAUGACUUGUAGCUGAAAUGUAGGUUUAACAGGCUGUUUUAGAGUAUUGCUUAUCAGUUUGAUAUCUGUCAAGUACUUAAGCCUACAACAGAUCAUAUCUAUGCUAAAUGCAAAGCUUCUUUUUUUUUACAGUCAUCAAUGGUGCCAUGGUGUUCACUGACCCUAAAGCUAUUGAGAAUGUAUGGAUUUGUCACCUACCCAGAACAGACAUCUGACUGGCUAUUGGUCUGACUAUGUCACCACUGCUGCUAAGGGUGAUGUCAGCUUUGGGCUACUUACUUCUCAAUAUUAAUUUUGUUUUUGCUACAAUGCAUGUAACUCAAGUAUAAGUGUAUAAAAAUACUGCAAAGUGCUAACCAAACUGUACGUGAAUAUCUGGUGGUAUACAUCAAAAACAUGUUUUUUUUUUUAUGACUUUGAGGUUAUGUUCACACUGUUCUUCCAAAUGAUUUAUUUAAUAUUUGUGUUGUACUGAAUAUAUUUACAGAUGUUAUGCCAUGGAUUUUACAUACCAGUUUGUGCAUCAUCAUGAACAUUGAUUUGUACCAUUAUAUAAUUUGUAAUAAACUGAUUUCAGU